AUGGGCAAGAUCAGUACAAAUCUUCUCCUGCAGAGGAUAGCUGAACAAGCUCGCGAACAGAGAAUGAUACGCAACGAAGCACUGGAGAACAAUUUCCGAAAGCUGCCCAAUCCAUCGUCGCCCAGAAAUGACAAACUAAUGCCCAACUUGUUGUCAAAGGAGCCAACGAAGAAUCGGAUGAAGGUUUUACGACACGAAGCUUCAUCUAACACGGCUGACGCAAAACCUGUUAGCAUGAUUGCAGCAGGGGAAUUAAUCCAUUGUCAGACGGAGGCAACGGAGGAGACCAAGAGCCUCAUCCGGCACCAAGUGUCGUCUCUCCUGAUGGCCCAUAGGCCGCGGGAAUUGCUUUCCAAGGUCGAACCUGAUGCACUUAGAGAACUCAAGGCCGACAAAGACGUGAUCAUCGUGCCAGAGGAUAAGGGGCGCUCCACGGUUGUAAUGGACAGGACAGACUACCUUAAAAAAGCCAAAAGUUUACUGGAGGACCGACAGUUAUAUGCCCCAUGUGCAACAAACCCUUUAAAAACGUUGGCAUGCAAAAUUAAUGCUACAUUAUUGGCCUUAGAGAACGCAGGUGCAAUAACACCGGCCGAUAGGCGCAUGGCGAGACCCGAAGAUGCGGCUUUGGCUCGAUUCUAUGGUCUCCCUAAGGUGCCUAAAGACGGCGCUCCUCUCCGACCCAUCGUGUCGCUCAAAGGGACCCCAACGUACGGACAGGCUAAGUGGCUGUUCCGUCGUCUCAAGUUCCUGACUGCUGAAUCAGACACCACGGUCUCUUCGUCAGCACAAUUCCUGGAGAAACUCAAAGGGAUAAGCCUCCAUCCAAAUGAGGUCAUGGUAUCCUUUGAUGCUGCAUCGCUUUUUACUUCUAUUCUCCAGGACCUGGCGGUCAAGACAAUCAAGCUGCUAUUAUAA